GCCGUUUACUUUAAAAUAAUGUAAUUAAGCUAAUUACUUUAGUGACAAAAUUGAAGACCAGAAAUUAAAUGUAAUAUUUUUGCUUCAUACUGAGGGAGGUAAAACUAUAGUGACAACCUCUUGAGAGACGUAUAAUAUAGUAAACAUACAGUAAACAAAGAAACAUAGUACUAAAAUAUUAACCGCGGAGAGAGCUUCAUGUCAAAAUAUUUGGGAUCUUUUUUUUCUUGAAUUUAAAUAAUUUCAUGUUAAAAUUAACAUUGAAUAAAUAUAAAGCACAGUUUAUUUAUCACACACAAUAAUCCCCACUUCAAGUUCAUGCUACUUUAAUAGGAGUUUGUUGACUUUGAGAUACACUGUACAGGCCUUGUUAUUGUUGCAGUAGUGUGAAUCAUUCAUAUUCAUGUAUUCUACUCAAGUCUUCCACUAACACAUGUGCUCAUGGGAACCGGUUGUAUUGGAACCCCAAAGCAUUUAAAUUGAGUUAAGCCAUUUUUGUGUUCUUCAUUCACAACAUUUACUGUUCGGGGUCUGGAAGCUGGAUCUCAUUUGUCAUAGAUGAAAGGAAAAGCUAGGAACAACAGCUACACCACAGAGGUUACGGGAGAAACCAAUGAGGACAAAAUGAAACAAAAACAGUCUGCUUUUGAUUAAAUGUCAAACUGGUGACUUAACUUGUUAUUUUGGCAGCUUUUUCCCCACUUUAGCUCCUGCCCAGGACUCCAUCAGAGAGUUUGGACUAAUCAAAGACACUUGAGCGCAAGAUUUGGGAAAUUCCUUCAAGCUACUUUAUUUCAGGUUUCUGAGGGAUUUAAACAUGCACACUGAGGCUUUUUUGCAGUCAAUGCUGGUGCCGUCGUUUCUGAUCCUGCUCUCUACCGUUGAGGACACUUUGUUACAGUCGGUAAGCCAGGUGGGUGAGGUGUGUAGGCUGUCCCAAGAGUCAUCAUUGCGCCGCUGCAGGACACCAGAUGGAAAAAUCUGCAGCGGCAGGGGCAAAUGUGACUGUGGAAUCUGCAUGUGUGAAGCCACGGACCCAGGGAAGUUCUAUGGCCCUCGCUGCGAGUGCCACGACUGGGUCUGCGCCACACAUGAUGGGCAAAUUUGCAAUGAUCGUGGCUACUGUGACUGUGGGAUGUGUGAGUGUGACGAAGGCUGGUUUGGAGAGGCUUGCCAGUUUCAGGAGGAGUGUAGCCUAUCAAGCAAGAAGAGCAGAGAGCUGUGCAAAAAUCAACAGGGGGUGGUCUGCUCCAACAGAGGGACCUGUCACUGUGGGAGUUGCAUGUGUGACCAAAAUGACGACAAGGGCUUAGUGACGGGACGCUUCUGUGAAUGUGACGACGGCGAAUGUCUGGAUGAAGACACGGGAGAGGUUUGUGGAGGCCAUGGCCAGUGUUACUGUGGAAACUGUUACUGUGCUGCUGGUUGGCAUGGAGACAAAUGUGAGUUCCAGUGUGACAUCAGCCCAUGGGAAAGCAAGCGGAAAUGCACAUCACCAGAUGGCAAAAUCUGCAGCAACAGAGGUACCUGUGUGUGUGGGGAAUGCACCUGCCAUGAUGUAGAUCCCUCUGGCGACUGGGGGGACAUCCACGGAGACACCUGUGAGUGCGAUGAGAGGAACUGUCAUGCGACGUACGACCGAUACACUGACGACUUCUGUUCAGGUCAUGGUCAGUGUAACUGUGGCAGGUGUGACUGCAAGGAUGGAUGGACAGGAAAGAAGUGUGAGCACCCUCUAAGUUGCUCACUGUCUUUGGAUAGCAGCCUGAAGAAAUGCAGAGGAACUUCAAAACUACCCUGCAAUGGACGAGGGCAGUGUAUCUGUGGACAGUGUAUUUGCCAUCCACCUGAGGAGAGUCGCAUUCAUGGGAAAAACUGUGAGUGUGACGACCGUCAGUGUGAGGACAUGGAGGGAGAGGUCUGCGGAGGUCACGGUUACUGUUCAUGUGGACGGUGCAUCUGCGAGGAAGGCUGGUUUGGGAACCUGUGCCAGUUUCCCAGGUCUUGCGACAUGAGUGACGCCCAGAGCAAGGAACUCUGCGAGACAGACGAUGGAGUCGUUUGCAGUGGAAAAGGUUCCUGUCACUGUGGCCAGUGCAUUUGCUCUCGCCAAGAGUGGUGGGUGUCAGGAGAGCACUGCGAGUGCGACGACCGAGAGUGUGACAAACAUGAUGGCCUCAUCUGCACAGGGAACGGCGUUUGCAGUUGCGGCAACUGCGAUUGCUGGGACGGGUGGACAGGAAAUGCCUGCGAAAUCUGGGUAGGAGCCGAGUACUGAGGAGAACAUUAAGCCGGGGUCAAAAACUCGAGCUUCCAAAACGUCCCGACACGCCAGGAGGACCGUCAGCGUCCGGGACCAGACAGCACACCGAGAGAAGACUUAAUAUAGAUGUAAAUCUGCAUAACACUAAUAUAAUGCACUAAUAUUGCUCUGUCUUCAAUUGUACUGGUUACAAAGUUUGCUUAUUAAAACUGUAUAUUGUUGUUUUAAAAACACAGCCAACAUAUUCUAACGUAAACGUUUAUGUUUUCAGAGCUGCUUUUCAUGUAUUAUACUUUGAGAGAGGUUCCUUGUUUGAGAUGGCAGCACUCAGCUGCCACCCCUUGAACUUUUUCCACAGUUUGCCACAUGACAUUUCGAUGCAUUUCAGUUGGAAUAUAAAGCAACUGAUCAACCGCAACGUAGUGAAUAUAUUUGUAAAGAGGAAGGAAAAUGACACGUGGUGCUGAAGUGUUUUUUUUUUUUUUCCAAAUAAAAGUCUGCAAGCAAGUCGAGCAUGCAUUUGUAGACCUUUGUUUUACUGCAGCUACAGCUGCAAGUCAGUGCAGGAUGUUUUUUUUU